GGUUCCGGGCCGCGCGGCGCCAUGGCCUCGCUGUGGCGGCUGAAGCGGUUCGAUGCCUUCCCCAAGCCCCUGGAAGACUUUCGGGUCAAGACGUGCGGGGGCGCGCUGGAGCUGGGGAAAGAAGAAGUGUUUGAUCCAAACUCUUUGGAUGCUGAUGGCUGCGAGAGCUGUUGUGGGGCGGAGUCAGAGGACGUUUGGUGUUGUAAUAGUUGUGGCGAUGCCAGAGAAGCAUACAGGCGGCGAGGCUGGGCCUUCAAGAACCCGGAUAGCAUAGAGCAGCGCAAGAGGGAAGGGUUUAGCCAGAAAAUGCAAGAGCAGAAGAAGGAGGGCUGCCAAGUGUAUGGUUUCCUGGAGGUCAGCAAGGUGGUAAGGACUGACCAGUUUUCAGUCACACGACAUGAGAAGAGAGCCGACGGGCUACUGGGAGACCAGGGUCUGCCUGGUGUCUUUGUGCUAUGGGAACUUUCGCCCGCGAUGGUGAAGCUGGCAGAGAAACACAGGCACUGAAGAUGUCAAGAAGAUGUUGGAAGAGUGACGGCGGAUUGGAUGAGGGCCCGGGAGGAGCUGGAGUUGAAGGAGAGUGAAUGGCGCAAUGAACGUGAAGCAAUUCCUAAAGGAGUUUUGUGCCUUAUGGAACCUGCUGCGUACAUUGGAAUUCCACCACCAAGGUCUGUCAGCAUAAAGCCAAUCCAGAUAAAAAGCGGGACCCUAAUCUGCUGAGCAUCUAGAGCAGGCUAGAUGUUGAAACUCAGGCAGCCAGCUCCGGCAGGGGAAUGCGCAGUGCUGAAUCGGAAGCCAGCGGUGCCCACGGAAAGCCGGGCGUCAAGGGGACUUCACGGCAAACAAUAUGCGUAGGCGAGGGAACACCACCAGUGGAGAGAGGGACAGAGCUGACCUUCUCUCUGAAAUAAUGAGGGCACCUUUGUGAAACGGGGCUUGGAAGCCUGAAAAACCCUCCCACGCUCUGGCAGGUAACCCAGAGGUAGGAGUGGGAGAAGUGGCCGUCUGCUGCUGAGAGAAGU